CCGCAGAAGACCGCAGGGGACUGCAGGGAGGUAGCAGCGCUCCCGCCCCGCCUGCAGCGGCCUCGCACAGGGGGACCCCCUCGGGGAUCCCCACACCCUGGGGCUGAGCCCAGACUGGGGGAAGGAUCCCUGCCACCGGGAAAAGCCUUUUCCUCCAGGAGCGGGUCUGGAUCCCCCAGCCUGGUUGGGGGGGGACCUGCUGCCAUGGGGGUUAAAGCAGAACUGCCCAGGUAUGAGCUGGGGUUCUACGCUCUCGUUGUGACCUGUGCUGUGGUCUACAGUGGCAGUGGGAUCUUCGAGGCAUCCAGAGACAGCAUGAACAGGAAGGCUUUUCGGGAUGGCAUAAAGCCAGGCUGGCACUACUUUGGCAGGAAGAUGGAUGUGGCUGACUUUGAGUGGGUGAUGUGGUUCACCUCGUUCAGAAACGUCAUCAUCUUCGCCCUCUCGGGACAUGUCCUCUUUGGCAAGAUCUGCUCCAUGACGGUGCCACAGCACCGGGCUGUGAUGUACAUGCUGUAUGGGAUCUCGGCCGUGCUGGGCAGCAUGGGGCUUGUCUACCUGAUGAUCAUCCUCUCCCACUGCCUUGUCCUCUACUCUGUCGCUCUGGCCAAGCAGAAGUGGCUCUGCUACGUGGCUGGACUCUGCUGUCUCGCCUCCUUCAAGGUGGAGCCAUUCAGCUCGUGGCAGAGUGGCUUUGUAACAGGAGCUUUUGAUCUUCAAGAUGUCCUCUUCUAUGGAGGAAGCAGCUUCACUAUCAUGCGCUGCAUGAGCUUUGCACUUGAGAGCUCUGAGAGGAAAGAGGGCAUCUACUCUGUCUUUGACCUCCUCAAGUACAACUUCUACCUCCCAUUCUUCUUCUUUGGGCCUGUCAUGACAUUUGACCAGUUCCAUGCCCAGGUGAGCACCAGAGAGCUCAGACGCAAAGAUGACGAGAUGAAGAGCAUCCGGGUCCAUGCCCUUCUCCACGUGGGGGCCAUCGUUGCUGUGGACAUCUUCUUCCACUUCUUCUACAUCCUCACCCUCCCUUCCGACGUGAAGUUCAUGAACCGCCUCUCAGACUGGUCCUUGGCUGGCCUGGCCUACUCCAAUUUGGUGUAUGACUGGGUGAAAGCUGCUGUCAUGUUUGGUGUCAUCAACACCAUUGCUAGACUGGACCACUUGGACCCCCCUCAGCCCCCAAAAUGCAUCACCAUGCUCUAUGUCUUUGCAGAAACGCACUUCGACAGAGGGAUUAACGACUGGCUGUGCAAGUAUGUGUAUGAUCACAUUGGAGAGAACCAUGACAACAUCAUAAAGGAGCUUGUAGCCAGCAUUGCCACAUUUGCCAUCACCACCCUGUGGCUGGGGCCCUGCGAGAUCGUUUACAUCUGGUCUGCCAUAAACUGCUUUGGCCUCAACUUCGAGCUCUGGGUGCAGAAGUUCUUCCAGCAGAGAGUCUUUGCCAAACUGGAGGCUAAAAUACCUGAGGCCAUGUCCCGGCGGAUUAGGGCAGUUUUUGGGGCAGUGAAUUUCUGGGCCAUUGUCCUCUACAACAUCCCAGCCCUCAACAGCCUGGAAUUUGCACUGCUGGUGACCGAGAGGCUCCUCCUGACAGGUUUCCCUGUCAGCACCUUGUCCAUCUGGUUCAUCACAUACUGUGGAGUGCAGCUGAUCAAAGAGCGAGAGCGCAUCCUGGCCAUUGAGGAGGAGAAGACUGACAAGGCAAAGGUGGAGUAGAGGAAGGCAUCAGCAGGCUUUUCCCAAAGCCUCAUCUCCCUUCCAACCACUGCUGCCAGGCCAGCCACUGGCCAGGGCUCUCUGGCUCUCCAAGCACUCCUGACAAUCAGACUGCUGUAGCUCACCCGUGUAGAAGUCACCUGGAGACCAAAGGUCACUCUCUUGCUGCAGGAAAGAUCUUUCUCUAAGCCAGAGUGGGUGUUUCACAGGCUGCCCAUGCAUGACAGACUGCUGAGGCAGGCUUCCAGGACAUUUCUUCAACACCAGAAAGAACCAUCCCCAUCACUUCUCUGACCCUUUGACAUCGUGCAGGCUUGGAGAUUUCACCCCCUGCUUCCCAUGACACUUGGUCCACCAACACUUGGCUCCGAUGCAGGACCUGUAGCCUACAUCUCCCAGAGGGGACUCUCCAAGUCCCACAGCUGGACAAAGACCAUCUCUAGGUCACUUCCAGCCCAAGCAUCCCAUGCUUCUUUCAGCAUCCACUGUCCAGUGUUCAGCAUCUCUGGUUGUGCAGCAAGGACUCUCAGAGGGCUCUGCAUCAUCUACACCUGCCAAGAGGCCAAUAAAUAAACAGAGCAAUCCUUAGAGCAACGGGAAGGAGGACCAGGACCAGCACAUUGCAGGGUCAAUACGUCCCCACUGCUGUCAUAGUGCAGUGACAGCUGCUGCCACCUCUGCAGAACAGGCCCCUUCAGUGCUAAAUGUCUUGGGAAAAGAAACAAAGGAGAUUGAGUGUCAGCCUCAGGCACAGUUAAUGAGCAUGCAGGAGCCAGACCUGCUCCACAGCCAUCAUCAUGACCAGGUUGCCCAGGGAGUGAGUGUGCUGAAGAAACACAACACUUGACUCACAACUGCUUGGCCCACAGACCCCACUUCAGUCUCUAAGGGCCUCCCACUGCUGGAUCUGAGCCCAGUGUGGCCACCAUGACCAUCCUGCUGUGGUAGAUAUCCUGGGACUCAAAGCAAAU